GAGAGGGCGGGACUUUCCUUUAUAUGGGUUCAGCGGUGAGAGAGAGGGCAGGAAUGUCAAUUACAGCGGAAAUUGAGGUAUACCGGGAUAACGCUUCAAUACCUAAUGCUCUCUCGUCCUUGUGCCUAAGAGGAUGCUGAGGCUUGGCAUUCCUCUGGCUCGUGCAUCAUUCAUCAGGGAACGUACGCUGGUCCGCGCGGACAGGCAGCCAUGGCGGCGCUCGUCGCUCCAUUCGAUGAUGAGCGGCAGGAUUCGUUCGUCUAUACGAUUGUUUCAGAUCACGAAAUUCCUAAAAGUGGCGUGAAGACGAAGGCAGAAGACGCUACGGGAGUCUUGGAGAGCCUCUCGGAACUACACAGAAGUAACCCUGGAGAUAUUUAUUGCAGCUCCAAGUCAAUGGAAAACCUUGUCAAAGAUGCUGAGGACAAGUUAUUUGUAUCCGUGUGCUUCCCAAAUGCUGAAAGAGAAUACGGCAGCGUCUCUCCCGCCUACGUAAUCACAGAGGACACGUGGUUGAGACAGGACGAGGUUUGGAACUCUCUGACUCAAAGCUAUGGCUGCGUAACGCCCGUCGACUGGAAACACUCCCGGACGCGCGCCCUCCGCACACUCCCUCUCGAUCUGGGGCCAAGCCAAAGGAGGAGUGAUGUAACCACAGAGCUGUCUGUCGGGGGGGAGGAGGAGGAGGAGGAGGAGGAGGAGGAGGAGGAGGCGGGGCUGAGGGAUCAGCUGGACAUGCACUCCAUCAUUGUGCCUUUCCUAAACCAGGAGCCUCUCUUCACAGCGGAGCAGGUGAUGGAGGAGCUAGAGGCGAUGAUGCAGGACUCUCUCGACCUGGAGGCCUCCUUAUCCUCGGAGGACCGCCGAGGCUCCGGUUACGAGGAGAGGCUAGGGGCCAUGCGUGUUGCCGAGCUGAACGAGCUCUUGCAGGAGACGGAGAGCCACAUCCAGGCGUUCUCCGAGGAGCUGGUCCAGGAGCUGGCCCGGCGGGAGGAGCUGGACUUUGAGAAGGAGGUGAAGAACGGCUUCAUCGCCCUCCUCAUCGACGUGCAGAACAGACAGAAGGAGCUCCGGGAGACGCUGAGGAGGAGGAAGAAGCUGAAGAACCCCCAGAGCCAGCCCGAGAGGACCCGUGGAGCACGUUUCAGCAUGGAGGGAUUUACCUCUGUGUUUCAAUACGGCUUCCGGCAAACUUUUGGUAGUGGAUGCAGUGAAACUCAGCAGUAUUUGACAACAUUAAUACCUUAUGAGAAAAGAGUUGGUCCUCCAUCAAUUGAAGACCUGCAAGUUUUGACCAACAUUCUUCAAGCUAUGAAGGAAAACAGUGACAAGGUGCCCAGUCUGCUGACAGACUACAUCCUCAAAGUUUGUGAAGGGGCCCUGGAGUGUGCAUUUGAACGACCAAACAACUGCUGUGGAUGAACGAAUGAAUAAAUUCUAGCGAAUAUCUGAACGCAUUGGUUUUCCAGUGCUUUGUCCGACGUGAAGCAGAGAGAGAGUGCCUACAUUUUCUGGAGAAGCUUCUAGCAGCGAGUGGGGUACCAUGUUCACCAUGGUAACCAAGAUGAAGAGGACUCGUCAUGCGUUUUCAGAUUACCAUCCUUUAUUUAUUCCUCCAAACGUACAUUUUCGUGUUUUUAUUUAGGCCUCAUUUCUUUUACGUCGAUUACGGUAAUUUGACGGCAUCAAUGUUUUAACAGACAUACCGUUUUCAUCUGUUAGUAUUGUUUGAUUGUUUAGUUUUAGUUCAUUUUGCAUUUUGCAUAGUAUUUGGAUAUUGGAGAUGUAUUUCGUGAGGGACUAUUUCCCAACUCUAGAUGCACCCUUUCCCCAACCCUGUAGCGAUCAUUAAGAGACCGAAGCUAUUUGCACCCGGGACAUGUGCCCAUGGCUCUCUACCUUGCUGUACCCUGUUCUCCAACCACAGAGGGUGUGGGAAAACUAAAACCCUGAUAUGCAAUUCAGUACUGUUACUGUAGACAGAAUCUCCACCGUUUAGUGAAGUGGUCGGACAGUUGGUAUUAGCAAUGCAGACCCCCCCCCCAUCUGAUCUAAAGGAAGGGGUAUUGCUUAAUGCCAAGGCCACGUUCUCAACUCCCUAUGCUGUUGGUACAGAUGAGUGACCUUUGCACUUCCUCCAACACUGAGACACAGAAUGGAUCUCUGAAUCAGAGACGUUGUAAUGAACUUCCCUUUACGCUGACACAGUGAGAACUUUGCACAGUGAAAUGCUAACUUUUGGUAACUUAGUUAUUUAGUUAACUUGGUUAUUUAUUUGAUCAAAUGGUCAAACUGCCUUGGCUGGAUAUUUUUUACAUUGCUUCUUUUAUGACAAAUAUUGAAUUGGUGGAAGGGCUAAAUGCAAAUUAUGUACAAAUUGUUCAAUAAAUAAUACAACUAAGA